AUGCAUAUACUUUUUCAGGAUCCUAUGUUAUUUACCGGGCCACUUCGAAGAAACAUGGAUCCUUUCAAUGAAUAUUCUGAAGAAAUGCUGUGGAAAGCCAUAGAGGAGGUACAAUUGAAAGAAGUUAUUAUUAAAUUACCUGGAGGAUUGGAUUCGCAUUUAACAGAAGGAGGGCGAAAUUUCAGCGUGGGGGAAAGACAGUUAAUUUGUCUUGCCAGAACCAUUCUUCGCCAGAAUAAAAUUCUUGUCAUGGACGAAGCAACGUCCAAUAUUGAUAAAAGAACCGAUUCCUGUCUACAGAAAAUAAUUCGAGAAAAAUUCGAAUCUUGUACGGUGUUGACAAUAGCCCACAGAUUACAUACAAUUAUUGAUUCGGAUAGAGUUUUGGUAUUAGAUACAGGAAGAGUACAAGACUUUGACUCGCCGUAUGCGUUACUGAAAAACGUAAAUGGUAUAUUUUAUAAUUUAGUAAAGAAGACAGGAGUAACUUCAAUGAAUGAAUUAUACGAAAUUGCCAAAGCUAAAUAUUACGCUAAAGAGAGGGUCGAGCAAACAAAACUAUGAAACAGUGGAUCUUAUUUUAUGCAUAGACUGGGUGGAUCCGUUGUUAUGGAUUUUUUAUUUUGUUUAGUUUUUAGAGUGGUAUUUCCGCACAUCACAUAACACAUAAAAUUGUAAAAAUCUGAACAUUUGUUAGUACCCGUAUAUGCAAGUUUCACAGUUCAAUUUAUACAUGCUGAUCUUUUAUUGAGAUGCCAUCAGCAGUUUUUGAGAUAAUAUAAUGAGUAAUGUUUACAAUGAUCUAAUUUCAGGAAAGAAGAACAUUUUAUUGUAUUAAACAACAGAAAUAGAUUUAACUGAAAUAAUUAAAACAAAAAUUUUGUGUACUAGUUUAAUCAGAUCAAUCUCAGUCAAAAAUAUAAUUCUAAUUGUAAGUACAGUAGAGCAUCGAUUAUCCGACUGA